AUGUCUCGCCAUCAUCCCGAUCUCGUAAUGUGCCGCAAACAAGCCGGCAUAUCCAUCGGCCGCCUCUGCGACAAAUGUGACGGCAAAUGCCCCGUAUGCGACUCCUACGUGCGCCCCACCACCCUCGCCCGCAUCUGCGACGAAUGCUCCUUCGGCAACUACCAGAACAAGUGCGUUGUAUGCGGUGGCGAGGGCAUCUCAGACGCCUUCUACUGCUUUGAGUGUACGCGACUCGAGAAAGACAGGGACGGGUGUCCGAAGAUUAUAAACCUGGGUAGUUCGAGGACGGAUCUGUUCUACCAGAAGAAGAAUUUUAGAAAUCACUAG